CUGCAAGUUUGAAGUCUGCCCAUUUCAUUUGAUUUCUUUUUUGAGAACACUUUUGAAGUGAAGAUUUUGUGCUUUGUUUAUAAAAAUAUGAAUGAGAUCAGUAUUCAAUUGAAUGAUCAAGCUAACAGAUUCAUCUCCGAAAGUGGUUUUGUUCCAUUCUACCAUACAUUAACUCCUGGAUCGUCCAGCCUAUCCAAGUAUGGUACCCUUAUCCCAAACCGCAUAUUUGUCGGAGGAAUACCAUCAAAUACAAAUGAGCAAGAACUUAAAUCUUUCUUUUCAAGCUUUGGUCAGGUAAAAGAUGUCAAAAUUAUAAAUGAUCGCUCUGGGGCAUCUAAAGGGAGUUAUGGAUUUGUCACUUUUGAAAGUCAGGAAACAGCUGAAAAAAUUAUCAAGAAUGAGUCGGAAAAGCUGUUUUUCAAAGAUCGUAAACUCAAUAUAAGUCAUGCGAUUCGUAGACAGCAAUUACUGCCUCGUCCAGACUUAACAACAGCCUUGUUUAUCGCGGGAGGUACUGUACCUUAUAGUUAUCAAAACACUAUGGCUCUAUUACCUUUAUCUGUUCAAGAGUACUCUUUAUUGGCUCAGACUGCAGCUCCUUACACCACAAUGAUGCUUCCUCAGCUGGAUGGAGGAACAACUAUCUACUUUCCUUUUUUAAAUCCAACUCUAGCUGGUAACGGAUCGCCAUUUACACACAUUCCACAGCAUUCAGUAACAGCAGCACUUCAGCAACAGUUUAAUCAAACAGAAAAUGCUUCUUGUCUAGCUCCAACAAAUGUAGGUCAAGCGACAUCAAUCAAUGCUAGUAUUAACAGCAUUAACUCUCGACCUCAUUCAACACCUGCAGUAAUGACAGCAGCAGCUGCUGCUGCUGCUGCAAUGGCUGCUGUUGUUCAAUGGCCACAACAUCCAGUUCAUAAUAAUCAACAACAAUCUCAACAAUCAUGUAAUGUAGCAGUAACACAUAGUGCUUCACAUGUAAACAAAGAGUAUUCAAUCAAUCAUUUAUCAGCAAUCACACAGCAUCAAUCAACAGUUACAGCUCAACAUCCAGCUAAUUGGUUUUGGUCACCAGGUGUACAACAAACUCAAAAUACAAUUUAUGGAACAAAUCCUCAAACUACCAUAUACGCUAAUGAUAUAUCAUCAUGUAUAAGAGUUACUACAUCAACACCAACAAUAACUACUUCAAAUAUUCAACUUCCUCAACAGCAAUAUGCAACAAAUACAACUUAUUUGUAUAAUCCAUUCACUGGAUCUAGUCAUGAAUUAAUGUUAUUUCAUCAAACCAAUCCAUUAUUUACUAACAAUUCAACUAGUGAUAAUAGUACACAUUCAUCUGGUCUAAUGGAAUCAGUUGAGUCUUUCAAUUAUAAUGGUACUACUACACUAAUUGGUCGUCAAACUCAACAAUUAGGAAAACAAUUCACUGAUAUUUAUAAUAAUAAUAAUAAUAAUCAUAAUAAUAAUAAUAAUCUUCAUAAUAAUAAUAAUAAUACACAAAUUGAUGGAGCAUAUUUAUCACCAUAUGCUGCUACAAUAACAUCAAUUUUAGGAUUUCAUCCACAUUCAAAUUGUAUGGGACAAUCCAAUUCAAUACAUUCAAUGCAACCAACACAUUUACAACAUAAUUUACAUCAAAAUCAUCAAACAACUACAUUAGUAUCAAUAGUUAAUCAAUCACAUCCUCCUAAUAAACUAUUUACUGAUAAUAAUUAUACUCGUCAUUUAUCAACUACUAUUAUGGGAAAUCAUUUGCAAAAUAGAAAUGAUACAAUAUCUGCAAUCGAUAUGAAUUUAUCAAAUGAACAACAUAACAAUCUGAUAUCAUCAAUUGAUCAUAUACAAUCAUGUUGUACAACUGGUAGUGCAAUUAUUCAUAAUAUGACUAGUACACCAAUCAUAUCACAAUCUUCAUCAAUAUCAUCAGCAUUAGCAACAACAGUAACUAAAGCUUCAUCAGCAGUAUCAGCAAUACAAGUUGUAUUACCAUGUUUGUUAACUACUACAACUACAUCAUCUUAAUAUUUAGGUACACUAUUUUUUUUUUUAAAU